ACAGUUAUCUUGGGCUUCCAGAUGAAGUAGAGCUGGAGAGACAACUGUCUCUGGGGAGCAUCUAGCAGACAUGGAACCAAAGAAAAUCAGGGAAGGUUACCUUGUGAAAAAGGGCAGCAUGUUCAAUAGCUGGAAACCCAUGUGGGUUGUGUUGCUAGAAGAUGCUAUUGAAUUCUACAAGAAGAAAAGUGAUAACAGUCCCAAGGGAAUGAUCCCAUUAAAAGGAAGCACUCUUACCAGUCCUUGCCAAGACUUUGGUAAAAGAAUGUUCGUGUUUAAACUCGCCACAACCAAGCAGCAAGACCACUUUUUCCAGGCUGCCUACCUGGAGGAGAGAGAUGCCUGGGUGCGAGACAUUAAGAAGGCUAUUAAGUGUAUUGAAGGAGGCCAGAAAUUUGCUAGGAAAUCCACCAGGAGGUCCAUUCGACUGCCAGAAACCAUUGACUUGAGUGCCCUAUAUUUAUCCAUGAAGGAUGCUGACAAAGGAAUAAAAGAACUGAAGCUGGAGAAGGACAAGAAAGUAUUCAACCACUGUUUUACAGGUAACUGUGUGAUUGACUGGCUAUUAUCUAAACAAUCUGUCCGUAAUCGUCAGGAAGGUCUCAUGAUAGCAUCUUCAUUGCUAAACGAAGGUUUCCUACAGCCUGCUGGGGAUUUGUCCAAGAAUGCAGUUGAUGGAACCGCUGAAACCUCUUUCCUUGAUAACCCUGAUGCUUUCUACUACUUUGCAGACAGUGGAUUCUUCUGUGAAGAGAAUUCCAGUGACGAUGAUGUGAUUUUGAAGGAAGAAUUCAGAGGGAUCAUCAUUAAGCAAGGGUGCCUAUUGAAGCAGGGGCAUCGGAGGAAGAACUGGAAAGUGAGGAAAUUUAUUCUGAGAGAGGACCCUGCUUAUUUGCACUACUAUGAUCCUGCAGGGGGAGAAGAUCCACUGGGGGCAAUUCACUUGAGAGGCUGUGUGGUCACUGCAGUGGAGAGCACCCCUGAUGUUAAGAAGAGUGGUGAUGAAAACCUUUUUGAGAUCAUCACGGCUACUGAAGUUCAUUAUUUCUUGCAAGCCGCUUCCCCUCAGGAGCGCACAGAGUGGAUCAAAGCCAUUCAGGUGGUCUCUCGGACCGGGAAGUGAAAAGGAACCUUCAACUCUAACAGAAUUCCCAUGGGCUCAGUCAUCAAGGCUUCUCCUGAGUCCAUCCAGACAGGGGGAAAAGACCUGCAGUGGAUUCUGAAUGUAACUAGUCCUCUAUUUGAUGAUUCCUGUGUUCUAACUCCUACCUAGUCCCUUUCUAUCAGCCUUCCUUUUGUAGAUACAAUCAUCUUUGUGACUGUGGGCAAGUCAGUUAUCCUCUUGGGGCCCGGUUUCCUCUUCCACAAGAAGAUGGAGAGGGCUACAAUAAACUCUAAUGAUCAUAAUAGUGGUGGCAGUGACCUUGACUGGAGUAGUCACCCUUUAAAUAAAGCAUAUGGCCUUCUUCUGUCAGAUAAGAGCACAGAGCUGCUUCCAAUAUGUUAUAUGCCCGAGAAAAUGGCUCCUUCUAAAAAACCCUGAAAAAUGAGUAAUAAGUUGACUAGUCCAUCAACACUUUUUUUUCCUUUACUUAUUCCCUCUCUCUUUUCCAAGGGACAAUAGUGGGGUGAAUUUAAUCAGUUUGCCUUAUUACCCUGAGUGGCGGUACUUGUAGACCUGUAUUAAAAACGACUCUCAGUGGAUCGGUUGAAAGUCUCACUAAAGUCUAAAACACAAAGAAGUACAUUUUUUUAAAAAUAAAUUUUGAUUGAUAUCUUUUGAUUUUAUAGUACCUAAAUAUCUCCUGUAUCAGUUUUCCUUCCACUCUCUGAGAGCCAUUGCAUCAAAUAGAGAUUUUUUUUUAAAGAAAAAGAGAAAAAAAGUCAAUCCAAAAAAAGUACAUAUUUUGCAAGGGAAUUGCACUCUGCUAAGCAAAUUGGGAUUGUUUUCUUUCUUUUAUAUUCUCCUACUAAAAGGAAUUGAGAGAUUAUAGGUACUAAAGCUUUUUUUUUUUUAAAUCUUGGCCUAACAAACUUUAUGUAUAAAAUUUACCUUUGUUACUCCCGGAGGCUUUUUAAAAAUACUCUUCUCAAUCCUAAAUGUCAAGUUUACUAUGCCUUCCCAUUUUUUCCUUAUUAUCAAAACCUGAUCUUAAGAAAGGAUCAGAUAUGUCGUUUUUACUUUAGUGGGAAUUUGUGCCAAUCUGUUAUCACUCUCAGGGCCAUGUGUCUUUAAAGCCUUAUCUCUAGUUGUAGAACAAAGGCUUUGCACCCUGUAGAAGGAUUUUUAGGCAUCACUGGCAGGUGAGAGAGAUUGGGGGCAGGAGCAGAGGAGGCAUUUUAAAUAGUCUGAAAUUACAGUGAAUUGAUGGGUACCUAUUGUAUGAUACUGAUACUGAUUCCAAGCUCAGGAUGUGCCUUUCUUUGCUCCAAUGAAGUAUUACCUCUUUUACCCUUCUUGUAUUUGAUUUUCUUUAAAAAAGGGAAAAAUGACCCAAUAUGUGACAUCAUAUCACAGUUGAGUGUUGGGAUGUGAAGUAGUGUGAAUUUCAUCCAUGGAUAAUAGCUAAGACCCCUCCUCACCCUCACUACUAUACUACUGUGUCAGAAUGGAACAUUGACUCUGAUUGGAUCUUGACCUAUUUGGAAAUAGAAAAACCAGAGCUUUAAAAGCUAUUCACAAUGAUGGCAGUGGGCAACCUCCAAUCCACUAGUUUAUUGCAUUUAGGCCUUGCAUUUACUCUUAGGCCUAAAGGCAUUACCUAUGGUUAUUCCUGACUAUGUUUAUAGGGCUCCCCAUGAAUCCUUUUCCCUAUUCACUGGUCAGUUUCACUAUUCCCUAUUCAGUAGAAGCUGCCACCCAGUUAUGCCUUUACAUUGGGGUCUUGCCCAUGGCUUUUGGUCCCAUCCACUAGCCUAUGAUUCUGCUCCAGCAUCUUUCACCAUGGGCCUGCUAGCACUAAGGUGGCAUUUACAGAAGGAGAGGGGAGUAAGGAAUAGUCUUUCCUUGUUAAUCUCUGUGUUCAUUUUCCCUUGUCCCCUGUCCCCACUCCAUAUCCAGUUUUAUAAAAUUAUUGGUUCAUAUGGCCCAUCCCACUCCCAGGAAGAUAAGUGAGGCUCACAGAACUUUUUCUGUAGUUUUCUCCCCCAAAAUAUGCACAGUACUUUCUCUUUUUUUUCCAUUUAAAAAUGACCUAUUUAUUGACAUGUAGUCAAACUCUGUGUUAUAUAUAAAUAAAAUAAACAUAGAUAUU